CCUCCAUCGUGGCCGGCUAUAUGGCCUUCUCGUUCAACGCCCGGUCUCUAGACGACAUGGAUAUGCUCUUCAACAUCGAACCCGUCCCGUUCUUCGACCUCGACAUGAACGAGGACAUGGACAUGGACGGCCCGCCCCACCACGGGCGCCCGGCCAUGCAGACGACGCAAGGCGGCGGCGCGACGACACAGCCGCUCUUCUACCCGUCCAACGACAUGGCCGGCAACGCGUUCGUGUCGCCCAUGUACUAUGAUGCGAUGAAGAUGGAGAUGCCGUCGGCGCCCGCGCCCGUCUUGUACCCAAAGAAGGACACGUCGACGACGCAGCACUUUAGCCGCAGCCCACCGGCGCGCAACAACGCGUCGAGCCUCUCGUCGAUUAGCUCGCGCUGCCAGACCGAAGAAGAGCUCCUCGCGCAGCCCGUCUCGAGCCUCACUGAAGAAGAGAAGAAGAUUCGCCGCCGUGCCCAGGUCGCCAAGUCGGCGCGGAAGCACCGCAAGGGCCUCAAGGAAGAGCUCGAGAUGCUGCGGCAACAAGUCAAGUACCUCCAAGAACAAAUGGUAGCCAAGGUGACCACGGUCGCCGACGACGACAUGUCGGUGGUGGCGCCCGAGACGGCCAAGCUUGCGGACCCGUCGGCCACCCGCGUCUUGCACCCGUACACACACGUUCCGGCGAACCCGGAGGAGCGCAAGGUGGCGCUCAUGAAGAUUGCCGAUCAGAGCAUGGCACGCGCGUGGACGCUUGUGAACGCGGAGCGCGGGCAGUCGUUCCCGUACUUUGACAUGAAGCUCAACUCGUCGGGGCCCGACAUGGAGAUCCAGCUCGUACGUGGCAAGAUCAUUGAGCACUUUGACCACAAGACGAUCGUCGACGCCACGUGGAACUCGGUGCUGGAUUUCUCGUUUGACGUGGAUGCGCGCUUGAAGCGGUAUGUGCAAGUGAAGAAGCUCAUGAACCUCGACGCCGACACGCGCUAUGGGCGCAUCAAGAUCCCGAUCCUCAAGACAGCGAAAGGCGUGCUCUGCAUGGAGUCGUUCUUCCUUGUCCGGCGCAAGAUUUACGACAACCAUGCGGUGCUCAUGUGGAAGACGAUCGAUUCGGACGAGCUGUUUCCGAACGAGACGCAGUCGCUGCGCAACGUCGAGCUCGGCUGCGCGGUCCUCGAGACCCAAGACCUCCCGAACGGCCAGAAGCAGACGGUCAUGCGCUGCGUUGUGCACGCGAUGCCACCGGUGAAAGCCAUCGCCGAGCCGAAAGGGCGCGUCAGCGAAGCCUUCCUCUCAACGCUCUGCCGAUGCUCGGACUUCUUUGACGAUGUGACCCGGGACACGCUGCUCCAGUCGCGCAAUAAGCUGCCCGCGCAAUAAAUAGUUGUUAGUUGUU